AUGAGUAAACUCACCACAUUUGUCGUACAUUUGUCUGGUUCUGACGUCACUUCCAGAAACGAGCAAUCUUCCGUAAAACGCUGGUUCUGGACUUGGUGUCCGUCAAGGACGUCGAUUCCUUUCACUCAUUGGUCACCCCCAACUCGCUUAUUUGGCUUUACUGUACCAGUUCAUGUGAUUUUGCUGCUUCUCUUGUUGCCCUCCAACUGGAAUGUUUCCCCAAAUUUGGAUUAUGUAAUCCCUACUAAUGUCAGUAACUCGCUUGACGUCGACUUUGCGACUACUUCAACCGCAGAAGCGACUCACAUUUUUCCCAACUCCAACAAGAUUUUAGUCGGCCAGCCAUUUGUUCACUCUGAGGGAGCUUUCGCUCAUGCCACCGAGGCGUCUUCAGAGGCGAUGAAUGAUGUUUCUGAUGUGAAAAGCACUCUUGGAAAUGCUGUGAUGAACCUGGAGCGAAGGACCGUCUUGGAGGAACUUGAUCCAGUACAGCAGGAGACGCAUGAAGUAGCCAAUAGCCUCGUUCCGGCGUUCACUUGCUUUUAUGACGGUUUUCGGCGCUUCAUCAACAUUACGUGGCAGCUCAGAGAAGAAUAUCCAGGUCUUGUAUUUAUGGUGUGUUCCUACCUGAUAAUCUUACACAUUAUUUUCUCUAAUCUCCAUAUAAAUGCUGUAUUGGAAAAGAAGAGACAGCCACGUUUGUCAGCCAACAUGGAAGUGUUUUGCUGCAUACGCACCACAUCAUGCAAACAGCCAUGA